AUGGCAGCGCAAGUCAGAGACGGGAAGACGGCGUCCUUUUGGUACGACAGCUGGAUGCAAGGGGAAGCACCCUUCCUUGUAGCACCUGACAUCUUCCAGUUGGCACGUCGAAAAAACAAGAUGGUACAUGCAGCGCUCCGAGACAAUAGCUGGGAGCGGGAUGUGCAGGGGCGGGUGACCACGGGGCUGCUGCCCCAAUUUGUCAACCUCUGGACGAGGGUGGCGGCAACGGGCCAACUAUCGGCAGGACAGGAUGUCUUCUCCUGGAAACUAACGGAGUCAGGCAUUUUCUCCACAAGCUCGGCGUACCACAUGCAGUUCUUGGGAUCCACGAGAUCACCCCUCAUGGCGGCAGUGUGGAAGGCGUGGGCGCCGGCAAAGAUCAAGCUUUUCGCCUGGCUUCUUGCCAUUAACCGGCUCCUUACAGCGGACAGGCUAAUGGCGAGGAAAUGGCCAAAUUGCUACUUUUGCCCUCUCUGCAUGCGCAACCUGGAGACCAACAUGCAUCUGUUCCAAGAGUGCACAUGGGCUCGACGCCUUUGGGCGAUGGGAGCUGAUCGUUUUCAAUUACCCUCAUGCCAUCCAGAUAACUGGAGCACGACGACUGACACAACAGAGUGGCUCCUGGGAUUGACGACCAACGCAGCGCACGCCAAGAAGGCCAGGUCCAUCUCUCUGCUCAUAGCUUGGACGAUCUGGGGCGAAAGAAACAACCGGAUCUUCAGAGGCCAAGAACGAUCCGUCGAGAGAGCAAUGGACUCCAUUGGUGACGAGAUCACAACCUGGACGUGGGCAGGUGGGAAGCACUUGAUGCCGCGAGAUCACAACCUGGCCGUGGAGGAGUACCUCGUCUCCACCUGCGGCCUCACCCGACCCCAGGCCGUCAAAGCCUCUGCCAAGCUCUCCCACCUCAGGUCCCCCGCCAACGCCGACGCCGUCCUCGCCUUCCUCGCCGGCCUCGGCCUCUCCGGCGCCGACGCCGCCGCCCUCGUCGCCAGGGACCCCAAGUUCCUCUGCGCCAAAGUGGACAAGACCCUGGCGCCCGUCGUCGCCGGGCUCUCUGGCCUCGGCUUAUCGCGGUCUGACAUCGCGCGCCUCUUCCCGCUCGCCGUCCACAAAUUCCGCGAAAAAACUGUGGUCUCCAAGAUGCACUACUACCUGCGCCUCUUUGGCUCAUCCGGCAACCUCCUCCGGGUGAUGAAGUUCUGCAAUGUCCUCUCAUGCAACCUCGAGAGGGUGGUCAAGCCCAAUUUGGCGUUACUGCAAGGGUGCGGACUAGGUGAUUGUGAUAUUGCCAAGUUGUGCAUCUCUACACCGAGGUUGCUCGCCAACAACCCCAAGCGUCUCCAGGCCAUUGUGACAUGCGCUCAAAAUAUAGGUGUGCCCCGUGGUUCUAGGAUGUUCAGGCACGCCCUGCAUGCUGUUGCACCUUUCAGAGAGGAGGAGAUAGCAGCCAGAGUGGAGUACUUGAGGAACACGUUCAGGUGGACGGAUGCCGAGGUGGGCAUGGCUGUUUCUAAGUUUCCACGGGUGCUGACUAAGUCCAAGGAAUCGCUGCAGCGCAGGUCUGAGUUCCUCAUCUCCGAGGCGGGCUUGGAACCGGUGCACAUUGCUCAACGGUCGGUAAUACUCGGGCACAGCCUAGAGGGCCGGCUCAGGCCCCGGUACUAUGCUGUCAAGUUUCUCAAGGAAAAUGGAUUGCUCAAGCGCGACUCAAGCUACUAUACUGUUUUCAAGGAGUCCGAGAAGGCAUUCAAGAAGAUGUUCAUACACCCUCAUAAGGAAGCUGCACCGCACCUUGAAAAAGACUACGAUGCUGCUUGCAAAGGGGAGGUGCCCACUAAUUUCAGAUUCACAUAAGCCAAGAACGGGCUCUGAUGUAACUGUGUGCUGGUUGUCCGCUGCUGUAUGUCUGUUAGAUGCUGGGUUGGUGGUUGUUAACGAGUGAUGAAGCUGAUAAUUUGAUCCCUGGAUACUGAUAUGUAAUGUCAUCACUCAGCAGAGAAGAAACCAUGGAUUUGAUAUCAACUUUUUUUCGUCCUCAUUCAUGUUUUAGACACAUGUACUGGAACUAAGGUUAUGGAAAGGCUCCUGGGUGUAAGAAUUGCUUUUGUUGGAGAUGGACGUUAAAGGCUUAGCGUGGUGGUGCGGAAGUGUCGCAGCUCGGCUGAGGGAGCUACGGACCUUAUCAAGAGCAACGUCAUCUCACAUACGCUGGCGACGAAGAUGCAUAUCUUUCCUGUUAGGACUUUCCAAAGGUGGGUGUUGGUUGCAGAGCCCGGCUUUGACAGGGAUUAAACGGAUGGAUGAAGUCUUGAAGAUGGCAGAGAUUGAACCGGGCGAGGCCUGAAGGUAUUUCCCCUGGAUGG